UGUGCCUGCUCUCCCUCUGUCUCUGCUCUCAGUGACGACGGGGCGAAGUCAAACCCACACCUGGGACGUUUUCAGGAAAACUCACACAAUACCUACAUAUUGCUAGAGACACAAAGAGUCAGCUCAAGUAGACGGUACAGACAUUUAAUCGAGUUUGCGCUGCUGCCUUUUGGUAUUUCCCUAAAAUGGAUCCAAUGACUCAGUCCGCCCAGAUAUCAUCGUCGCAAGGUUUGGCCGAUGGACACAAUUCUGCUGUCAAAGAAUCAAAGCUAUCCGAUUCCUUUCUUUCCUCUUCGCCUGUAUCUCUCAUUCCGUCUCCUCAAGACAAGAGAGUGAUCCCCGGUGCCGACAAGACCUGUGAAGGUGUAGCUACAUCUCUUCGCUUUCCGUCUCAGCCCGGUUCCUUUUCACCUGGUAAUUUUGGGAAUGAAGCAGAAUCAUCAGAUGUACAACCGGAUUCUCCAAUAAAGACGUCACCUGUUUCAGAGCGAAUAAAAGCACUUGAAGCUCUUGCUGCUCAAAAGAGGGAACCUGACUUUAGAAGCGACGGAAGUUUUACCCAUUUCAAGGACCGCCACCAUGAAAAAUCUCCCACUGAGAAUGCAAAAUCUCCCACAGGCAUUUCAAAAUCUUCUGUGGAAGCCUCAAAAUCUUCUGCGGAGGAGUCACCAGGGUCACCCUUUGAACUACUUGGAGAUUUGAGACAGGCAAAUGAGUUUGAAGAAACAGAAGAGUGGAUGAAGGCUCAUUCACCUCCAGGGCCACACUUUGAUGCUGUAGAAUUAAUAAAAGGCACAAACAAUGUUCCACCAGCAGAAGGUUCCACCAACAUCUGUGCAUCCGACACUGUUACCACCUUCGCUGGUGUCCCUGAUGCGUUCAUGGAUUCGCCUGUUGAAUCUUCUAAACCGAAGGAGGAGUUCAGUGAUGCGCAGAAACAACCUGCAGUUGAGGAGGAGUUUGACAUUAGCUUUUUGCCAACGGCCUAUGUGUGGGAUCCACUGGAAAAAUCAGGUGUUCCGGCGCCGUCCAAUCUUGAUUCGGUGAGUCCACCGGCGCCUCCUGGAGACUUUGCCUCCGAUGAUAAACAGAACGUUUCAGACAGUCAAACGUCUUUGGUUGAAGACUUGGAGCAUCCACAGGCCAGUGAAGUGGACAGCUCAGGAGAGUCAGAUGAUACUGUUAUUGAAGAUGGUGUCAGUGCUCCACCGUCUGCACUCCCAUCAGAUAAUUCCACCACUGAUCCGUCGUCUACAGUUAGUGAUCCUGAAAAGGUGGUCCCGCCUCCCAAGUCUGAGAGGAAGCUAAUGACGGUUCCAACAAUAAAUGUUAUCGAGACAGAUGAGCCAAAUUACAGUGACGAGGAGAUGGAAAUUGAGGCUGAGGAAGAUGAGGACUAUGAAAUUCUAAAAGACCCAGUCAGAGAGAUUCCAAAAACUUCAGUGCCAGAGCCAGAAAACGGUACAACUGACACACCCAAAACACGGCCCUUAGAAACAGAAUUUAUGGAAGGCUACUCGCCUCCGUCCUCUCCUGUGGACUCUGAUGCUGAAUACUCUCCCAAACACAACAUCCUCACAUCUAGUCCUGAAACGGGGCAUGAGCCAUCUCCUUUAACAUGUAGCGUCAUAACUGAAUCAACAGUUUCAGUGGACUCACCAUCAGAUUUUUCGCAGGCACAAAUUGACACAUCCGAGACAACAUCAAAUGAAGUAAGUGAUGAGCGUUCCCCUUCUCUGGUCAAAAAUGAAGAAAAAAAUGAAGAAGUGGAUUUCCCGGACAAUGAUGAUGAGUGGUCCGAUGAAGUGCAAGAUGUCCUGGUUGAACCCUGCAAGAAAUCAGCUCCUUACAAUCAGUCCAAAGUGGACGAAAAGGAGAGGCCUCCCAUUUCUAUAAGCAGCUUCAUGCAGGAUGAUAUUUAUGACAGACAAUCAUUUGAUUAUGACUAUGAUAUAUCCUCUCCCUUGGAGCACGGUGAUGACAAAGGGUUAAGUAAUGCAAAGGAGCGGUUUCUUUCUGAUCCAACACUAGAUGAUGUUACCAAGGACAUGCCAUGUCUCGACAGUGCCAUUUCAAUGAUUACUGAUGAAGACAAGUCAUCACUGGAAGAAUAUCCCCAGAACCCAUAUUCCUGUUUCCAAACCGAGACACGAAGCAGCAGCAGCAAUGAGCAGGACUUUAAGGACAUGUCCACCAACAUUGCAGCAGAUAACAUGAAAAAUGACAACACCCUUCCAUCUCCAAAAUCGGGUUCAAACGUCCAGCAAGAAACGAAAGCAGACCUUAAUGCACCCGACACAUCGAGCAGCCAAGACGGAAUCAACGACGACUCGUCCGUUCCUGAACCUAUGGACAGUUUUGUGGAGUUCAUGAGGGAGUGCCUAAAAUCAAGGCAGGAUGAAGAUCCCGAAGAUGUCCACCAAGCCGUUUCCUCCGAAAAUGAGGUCAGCAGAACCAGUUUGCUUCCUUCCCAAAUCUCUCCAAGCUCGGUGAUGGAUCUUGAACAAGAAAAGCUCACCAUCACUGCUCUCAAAGAGCUGGGUAGCAGUCAAGACGAACAGUUUGAUAACCUCCAGCCAAAGCAAUUGGAUGAGAAUCGCGUUAACCCUACUGCUGCGUCUGCACAGCCACUUUCCCUUACAGCGGUUCCUGAUCCCUCCUGUUCCCAAAGGAACCGUGUGUUCGAUGACACGAACCCCCCAGAGGUGGAAACCAUAGACGAAUGGGUGGCUGAAGCCUACCAUCUCGCUGAGCAUGUCUUGACAGCAAUACUAACCCACUUAUCAGUCAAGGAUCUGAUCCACUGGCGAGACCCCAAGAAGACGGGGCUGAUGUUCGGCCUGUCCCUGCUGGUGCUGCUGUCUCUGGCAGCCUUCAGCGUCAUCAGCGUGGUCUCCUACCUGCUGCUCUCGCUGCUCUGCGUCACCAUCACCUUCCGCAUCUACAAGUCUGUGGUUCAGGCCGUGCAGAAAUCCAGCGACGGACACCCCUUCAAAACCCUGAUAGAUAAGGAUGUCAGCAUCCCUCCAGAGACGUUCCGCAAGCACGUGGACACCAGUCUGACCUACAUCAACCGGGCCCUGAAGCAGAUGAGCCGUCUGUUCCUGGUGGAGGAUCUGGUGGACUCCCUAAAGCUGGCCGUGGUCAUGUGGCUGCUGACCUACGUAGGAGCCGUCUUCAAUGGAAUCACUGUUCUCAUCCUGGCUGACAUCCUGCUCUUUGCUGUUCCACCCGUCUAUGAGAAAAACAAGACCCAGGUUGAUCAGUACAUCGAUCUCGUACGUACUCAAGUCAACACCACGAUGGCAAAAUUGCAAGAGAAGCUUCCGGGAGCUGUGAAACGCAGCAAAACUGAAUGAAUCCACAUUGAAAACCUCCAUCAUCCUCAUCAUCUGGUUCCUCCCUCCCUCACCCCCUAAUAACCCUAACCCUCUCAUCGCCCAUCACCCCCUACUACACUGAACCCUGCUAGGUAGAAAAAGCUCUGAGCUACUCAGUGUUCUAUGUAAAACUACUGCACAGCUUAACUUGCAGCAUUAGAGAAGAACAGGAAGUGAUGCUGGCGAGGGCGGUGUGUAUUUCUGCAGCAGACCCCCCCCCAGGGUGGAACUAGACCCAAUCUAUCACCUGGUUUAAAGACGCCCAAAAAAAGCUAAUGUUUGUACAGAAAACCACACAGUUCUCUGAAGGUAGUAAGGGAGGAAUUAAAAACCUUUUGGGUGUUGACUGUCCGCUGUUACACGGAUGCAAACUGUACGGAUGAAAAAGAUGGAAACAGCUUUGCUUCUCUUCAUUGGCCUGUUAAAUAAAUUAGUCCUCGGUCACAUUAAGACACUGUAUCCAAGUUUCUGCAAUGCACUGAACCUUUUCUUCCUUCUUUUGAACCCACGAGCAGGUUGAAAUAAAAUGAUCUGAGUUCUAAACCAGCUGAUAACUUGGUCUAGUUCACCCUCUUCUGUCCAGAUGCUUCUUUUUAUUUAAUUUUUUAAGACAGUUUUCUUGGUGCGUGUGUGGCUGAGUGUGCGCGUGUGCGUGUGUGUGUGUGUGUGUGUGUGUGUGUGUGUGUGUGUGUGUGUGUGUGUGUGUGUGUGCGCCCUCUAGACCCUCCUGGUUCUCUGCUAUAUGGAACAUUAGUCUUGCUUUUGCUUUUGCAGGUGAAGGAAAGCUCCGUCACAGCAGUCACGACUACUUCUUAAACUGCUGAGGUCUCACAUUUGCUUGUAUUUUGAUCAUUACUAUUAUUCUAAUUAUUAUUAUUAUUACUACUACUCAUUCGGCUUGCUGCUACGACUCCCUUUUAGAUCGGUAACAGCAUCGUACGAGCGUCGUGUUAUUGAGCUUCAUAAUUCCAGCUAGUUGUUCCAGAGGCCUCUAAGGAUAAACUGAUUUAAGGUUAAUAAGUGUCUCCUCUUGUUCCCACAACUACUAAGUCUUGACAGAUUGCUGUUGCUUUUGCUUCAUUGUUAAACAAAAAAAAAUAAAAAAUGCAACCUGUAAAUUUACCACAAGAUGAGUUAAAGCUGUUCAGUAAAAUUAAAGAUGUUAUAAGAUCAAAGCAGGUGGAUAAAAUGGAAAAAGUUAACAUUUAGGUCUUUUCUGUAAGAUAUGUCCUUCGAUGAAACUUGAAAUUCAACAUUAAAGAUGGCAAGAUCUUCUGUUUAACUUUGUAUGGCGUUAAUUUUGUUGUUUAAAAAUGUACACUUAUUUUGUCAUAUUUCACAUAGUAACUGUAAACAUUCAGAGGUUUGGUUUCAUUUAAAAGAAAAAGGAAAUGAACAUUUUGAAAAGAAUGUAUCUGGAGGAGAUAGGGAUACAUUUUAGGGGAAGCUCAUUGCAGAACUGUUACGUUUUUCUUUUGUCUUCUGCCUUGAAAUGCAUGUCCUAGUAACCGAGUAGCGUCUCCUCUUUAAUAAGAUUAUACCUGUGAUUGUUUGAGUGCUGUUAUUGAUUUUGAGAAAACGUGUUUCCGCUGCAGCCGCAUCUCUGUAUCGUUUUAAGGGCUGGACGUGUAGAAGGAUGUUUCUUUUCCAUUUCAUCGCGCUUCAAAGAAAGUCUGCACACACUAAAUGCAGACGACAGUGGGAGUUCCUGUAGCUCCUAUAAUGUAAUAAUUUCACCCUAUAAUGUCAUAAUUUCACCCUAUAAUGUAAUAAUUUCACCCUAUAAUGUAAUAAAAUGUGCAAUUAAGUUAACUCAAUCAAUAAUGUAAUAAAAUAUCCUGACUGAUAUUGUAAUAACAUUUUUACCAAUAAUGUAAUACCUUAUUACAUUAUUUCGGAAUUUAUUACAUUUUCAGGUGGGUCUUUUUUUUUUUUUUCUCCAAAACUGAUAAUGUAAUACUUGACAAAUAAUGUAAUAUAUAUGUUCAUUUUCAGUCCAGAGUUCUACAUUUUGUGUUUUAAGAAUCUAAGAAUGUUAUAUACGCUGGAUUUGAAACACCAGAAUGACUAUUGGGUUAAAUUGCAGACUUUGAGUACCAUGUAAUAAAUUCCCAAUAACGUAAUAAGGUAUUACAUUAUUGGUAAAAAUGUUAUUACAAUAUCUGUCAGGAUAUUUUAUUACAUUAUUGGGGAAGUUAUUACAUUAUUGGGUUUUAUUACAUUUUUGAUUGAGUUAAGUGCAAAUUUUAUUGCAUUUUCAGGCGUUAUUACAUUUUCAGGAAAUUAUUCCAUUAUAGGGUGCUACAGUUCCUCCUUUCUUUCCCUCCGUGUGGGGAGUUUCCUCGGGGGAUGCAUGCUCUCUCUGUCCUCGUGUUGCUACCAUCGACUCAUGCACAUCUUUGCUAAGUCUUUGUGCACAAACGGUCUCAUUUGGACUCACUGUGGUAAAUAAGUGUUGUGCAACCUUUCUGUCGGGGUUGCAUCUGUCCCAGCGCACCCGGGACUGAACAGUCUCAUUAACGUGUAAGAAGUAAUUAGCCGUGAAUACAGAGACUAGUAGUUUGUUAGGGUUUUUCUGUUGUUUUUUUUUUUAUAAUAAAGAUGUAUGUUGUCACUCAGUUUCACACAA